AAAAGAGUGAAAAAGGGAAACAAAACAAAUCAAGACACAGAAAGGAUGGGUUUUGAUAUCAAAACCAUUGGGUUGCUAUUCCUCUCAAUCUGUUUGUUAUCUCUUUGCCAUGACCAAAAAUUGUUACCAACGGUGGCCGGAGAGGAUUGUGAUGUGGACCUGCGUGGCUUUGAAAUAGAGUGCAUGUAUUACAUGAACAAGGGUGAACCUUCAACUUUGAUAAACCCCAACGAUCGGUGCUGUAAAGUCAUAAAAAAUGCCAACAUACCAUGUUGCUGCCGUAAUCUUGGUCGGAAAUUGGUUUACCCGCCUGGAUAUACCAUAGCAGAUCUGCUUAAUUGGAAGAAAGUGUUGCACUGCAUGAACUAUUGUGGCAGACCUCUCACUCCUGCCUCCAAAUGUGGAAAUUUCAUUGUUCCACGAGGGCCACCCCCCAAGUAAAGAGUUGAAGUUGGAGUAAUGACUUUGUAUGCUGCUUUUGAAGUCAGAUAAAUAAGAGUGGAUUGUAG